UAUCAUGUUAAAAAUAGAACGCAAUGUAUAUUAGUACUAUUUUCGUAACUUCCGAAAUGUUUUGCUUCACUCAUACAUCAUCUUCUGUUUAGACGCGUGCACAAGGUGUCGAUUCUGUCGUACUUCAUAUGCGCGAAGUUCGCUUUAAUUUACACAAGGAUCGAGCUUCGUCCUUACCUUACCGCAACAAAAUCAAUUUGUCGCCUAUAAUAUAAAUGCUCGUUAAUUGAGCGAAUCUUCGGCAUUCUAUUAUUAAUAGAAUGCUAAAACCAUGCGCAGUCCUCGGAAGAGCGCGUGAAAGCAGGCUCCAAAGCAGCCACUCAAUAUUUCUUCAAACACACACACUCAAUAUCCUGCGACCCGCCGACGCUGCAGGACUAGCGGGCGAAGCGGACACCUGCGUUAUCCUGCCGGCAGUACAUAUGUGAUCCUGAGUCCUGUGACAACAAAACAAAAGAUAUAUAUAUAUAAACAAUAUAAACACCUUGCGAGUUUCUAUCAUGUCAUUGAAGAAAGAAUCGCUGUCGGAUGUGCAGCUACAUCAGGCUGCGAUGCGAGGCGAUGUAGAAGGAGUGAGGAAGAUCAUCGACAGCGGAAAAGUCCACAUAGAUUCUAGAGACAAGGAAGGUACGACUCCUUUGAUUCUCGCCUCUGCGAACGGUCAUCUCGAGUGCGUCAAAGAGUUAUUGGACCAAGGAGCAGAUGCGGCCGCAUGUCGCGUGACAGGCACAACGGCGCUCUUUUUUGCUGCCCAAUGCGGUUUCUACGAAAUCGUCCAACUCCUUUUGGACAAUGGAGCACCAGUGGAUUCCACAAGCGUGGACGGCGGAAGUCCGCUCUUCGUCGCGUGCCAAUGCGGACACAUGGACAUCGUCAAAGAAUUGGUGGAACGAGGUGCCAAAAUUAACACGCACAUGAAGGACAAAGCGACGCCGUUAUUCAUCGCUGCCCAAAAUGGACAUUACAGAAUACUGAUUUACCUUUUGGCGCAAGGCUUCGAACCGGACACCAGAAGAACCGAUGGUGCAACGCCUCUGUGGAUCGCGGCCCAAAUGGGCCAUGACCAUAUAGUUGCGCAACUGCUGAAGGCAGGUGCAAGAGUGGAUGCAGCAAGACACGACGGAGCGACGCCGUUGUUCAAAGCCUCUCACAAAGGUCACUCGGCCGUUGUUAAUGAACUGCUUAAAUAUAGUCCCUCAUUGGGUUUGCUUCCGAAUGGGGAGAGCGCUUUGCAUGCGGCUGCUCUCGUCGGUUGUCUUCCGGUGUGCAAACAACUUGUGGCCGCCGGUGCAGAUCCGAACCUGAGGAACCAAGAAGGAUACGUGCCCGCAGAUUUGUCAUACAACAGUCGCUUCAUCAUCGUCGGAGAUUACCUGAAGAACUCGGUGAAGAGGAUCAAAUGACAUAGGGUCCAGGAGAUUGGAUCAUUCUUUCCAAUCGAGAUAUCAUCGCC